AUGCAACAAUACGCAGUCGUAAAUGCGGCCUGGGCCCAAUCCAUGAAGAGAAUCGGGAGAGUGAUGGGACCCGAAGCGCAUAACAGGGUUUACUUCAUAGAGAGCGAACUCGAGCGGCCUAGUGAAGAGCGCAUCAUCUCGACCACUUCUACCACAUCGAGGACAGUCCGAGCGGCAUCGCCGACGACCCAUACACCAGGCCUGCUCAGCACCGCCCACAUCUCGACACCGGGGACGCCCCAACACCUUGCACACCAAUCGAUCUGGCGACUUGUUCAUAAGCCCUUGCGGUCGCUCCCACCAAAGACCUACUCCUGCCUCUUUGUUUCAGCCAUGGCCACUGCCAGUCGCUCGCGCUUUCUCAUCUCUGAGAGCACCCUCAAGUUGUCGCUAACGCCCCCACCAUCUGCAAGCGGAACCGAUUCUGUGUCGUGCACGUCAUCUACGUCGUCCCACUCGAGCUCGUCCUUUGCAGUACGACGCAAGCAAUUCCGGCCAACGACUGUGCCCAACGACCAGGACGGGCCCCACGAGGCUCGUGUGCACAGCGAAUCCGCAACUUCCCUCGUGUCUCUGGGCAUCGUCCUCGUCGUCUCGGGGGCCCAGCCUGAUCCAUACACCCGCCGCCCACUCAAGCGGCCCCACCGAGUCAUCGAACGCGAGCCCAAGGAGAAGAACGCGGAUGGACAGACCAAGGAACAGCCCAGGUACAAGCCCCCUCCGCCGGAUGUUCCCCUGACGAUCUGCAGACGCCAGCGCCCGCUCAAGCUUACUCGCACUUUGCCGUUGUAUCACCCUCUGAGGCCACUCCCACCGCUGCCCUCUCCGGUCGACAGCGAGCCUUCAGCCCCGGUCGAGCAGAACCCAGCUACCCGCAGUUCCGGCCGCACAAGGAGACCGCCCCCACGCAAUCUCGAGCAUCUUAUCGUGGCGGUAUCGAAUACAGCCAAGCAACGUCAGGGCAGCCCUGCGAAAAAGCGCAAGGUUGUGGUCAUUGCCGCUGACGAAAUGGAUAUCGACAUCGAUGCCGAGUCCGAAACUGGCUCUUCAAAGAAGAAGACCAAAGAAUCUGGCUCGACUUCGGUUGAAUUGUCCGAAGAGCCCGCCGGUGAUGAUACCGACUCGGGCUCUGGGCGAGCCAAGCGAGCUGCGAGGCGCAACGGCGGCAAGGACUUGUCGGUCACUCCUACCCCACCACCACAAGAGCCUACUGCCUCGAGCAAGACUCAGGCUCGUGCAUCCAGCGCCCAGAGCAAGAAGCCCGUAUCUGGCCACGGUCGAUCCGCAGCCCGUCGUGUGACAAGGCGCAACUCGGACGAAACCUCGAGUGAAGAGAAGGAUACCACCGAAUCUCAUGCGGUAUCCGCGUCUGCCCCAUCCACGUCCCGACGAACGAGUGCCCGUCGGUCUGGAGGAAUCGAACACCACGAACCGAUCGCUGUGUCCGUUCGAGCAUAG